UGCUGCUUCACUCUCUCUCUUUACAGAAAGUUGUCGAAGUUUUCAGACGUGUCACUGCUGGAUGUGAGGAUGGGAGCCACUUUGCUCUGUGAGCUGGGCCUAUUCUUGCUCUGUACGCUUCUCUGCACUGGACACACUCAAGAUGCUGUGCUAACUAUUGAACCCAGCUGGUCCAGUUUUUUCAUCGGAGAGUUUGUUACCUUCAAAUGUGACAUGAAUGAAGGAAAAGACACUGACUGGGAAUAUAAAAUCAACAAGGAUGGUCGAGAAGUUAUCCUCUACAAUCAACGCAAAGACUACAGAUUAGAAAUUAUAUCUACACGUGACAGUGGUGAAUAUCAGUGCUCUGGUCGCAGGAAGAUCUCACGUGAUACAAAGAACAGUAAUACUGUCUCUAUAACUGUAUUAGCAGAUAAACCCAGGGCCACACUGACAGCAGGAACAACAAUCAUACCAGUAGGGGGCAGUGUGACACUGACCUGCUCUGUGCAGAGCUCUGAUGGAUGGAAAUAUGAGUGGUUCAGACGAAACCAAAGAACCUAUGACGUUCAAGUCAGAGAUCAACCAAACAGAGAUAUCAGAGUAUCUCAAGGAGGAAUCUACCGCUGCAGAGGAACAAGAGGAAACCCAGUUUACAAGAUGUAUGAAAGUGAUGAUGUCACCAUUGAGAUAACCUUUUCCAAUAAAGUUGUUGUAAAACAACAACCCAACACAGCUCUUUGGUAUCUGCUGUGCUGCUGCUUCACUCUCUCUCUUUACAGAAAGUUGUCGAAGUUUUCAGACGUGUCACUGCUGGAUGUGAGGAUGGGAGCCACUUUGCUCUGUGAGCUGGGCCUAUUCUUGCUCUGUACGCUACUCUGCACUGGACAUGCACGAGAUGCUGUGCUAACUAUUGAACCCAACUGGUCCAGUUUUUUCAUUGGAGAGUUUGUUACCUUCAAAUGUGACAUGAAUGAAAAAAAAGACACUGACUGGGAAUACCAAUUCAACAAGGAUGGUCGGGAAUUUAUCCGCUACAGCAAAUACAAACACUAUGAAUUUCAAAUUCCAUCUACAGGUUACAGUGGUAAAUAUCAGUGCACUGGCAGCAGGAAGUGGUCAUUUUAUACAAAGAAGAGUAAUACUGCCUCUAUAACUGUAUUAGCAGAUAAACCCAGGGCCACACUGACAGCAGCAACAACAAUCAUACCAGUAGGGGGCAGUGUGACACUGACCUGCUCUGUGCAGAGCUCUGAUGGAUGGAAAUAUGAGUGGUUCAGACGAACCCAAAGAACCUCUGAAGGUAAAAUCAGAGAUCAACAAAACAGAGAUAUCAGAGUAUCUCAAGGAGGAAUCUACCGCUGCAGAGGAACAAGAGGAAACCCAGUUUACUACACUGAUAUAAGUUAUGAUGUCACCAUUGAGAAAACCUUUUCCAAUAAAGUUGUUGUAAAACAACAACCCAACUGGCCUCAGAUAUUCAGAGGUGAGACGAUCACUCUGACAUGUGAGGUGCAGGAAGGAGGUGAAACCACUGAGUGGGAGUAUGAAUGGAGAGGACCCAGGACAUCCACACAGUGGACACACAAUAAUGAUGUGACAUUCAGAGUUUCUGAGUCCAGCAGUGGAGACUACAUGUGUAAGAGUCGACGCAGAGAUGACUCAUAUUCUUCAACAGAGUGGAGUGAAGCCUUCACAUUGUCAGGAUCAACAGAUCAACCAAAGCCCCAAAUAACUUCUGACAUGAGAGACCUUCCAGUAGAGGGCAGUGUGACCCUGACCUGCUCUGUGAACGCAUCAUCAUCAUCAUCUGGAUGGAAAUACUACUGGUACAGAGAUGAGAACUCGUCUAAACCUCUGACCACACAAGAUGCAGUUUUCCACUCAAAUGGACAAAUCAGUGUCUCACAGGAAGGACUCUACAGGUGCAGAGGAGGAAGAGGAAACCCAGUUUACUACACAGAGGACAGCCAGUCAGUCAGGAUUGAUAAAAAGGCAGCACCUGAGCCUGAAAGCUCUUCAUUUGUCACUCCUUUGAUCGUUGGACUCGUCUGUGGAGUUUUACUGAUUCUUCUUCUUCUGCUGCUGUUGUGUUGCUUCAAACACUCAAAGGAUUCAUUCUUUAUCAGGACUCGGAGCACAAAUCAGAGCUCUGCAAUGAACCACGUGAUCAAGGAUGAAGCUCAACACAGUCGACAUGCUUCUACUCUUCAAGGUGAUGCUUGUGUUUAUGAAACAAUCAAAGACCACGAUGACACACAAAAUGAUGACAGUGUGUUGUAUGCACAGGUCUCCCACGAUAGAGCUAAAACCAAGAAAGACAACGAUGACAGCCUGUUGUACGCACAGGUCUAUUACACUAAAGCAAAACCUAAGAGACACAAAGGGAAACCAGCUCCUGCAGCAGCUGAUGAAACAGUUUAUUCUGAAGUUAAAUCACAAACAGCUCUGGGUAACUGUGCAGAAAUAAAAUAGCUUACAUGUUGUGAUUUGUUGCUGUAAUGAUGAACUCAAAUAACUUUUAAAGGAAGUAAAUUUAGUUCUAAAUCACCUUUAAUGACUGAAUUAUGCUGCACCGUUUCUUUCAGAUUAAUAACAAGAUCUGCAAAACCAACUGGAUCAGUGACA